AGCAACCACUUGGUUCUGGCAUCGCACACCACCUACUACGUAGCCUCACAUACUCCGUAGCCUUGCAUACCCCGUAGCCUUACAUACCCCGUAUUACACUGUCUCCACAUCGCAUCGCGCUAUCACACAAUGUGCUUGACUUAUCCUUGGCUUUCAGGCCCUAGAAACCUGAUCAUGCUAUCCGCCCGUCGGAUACAGUGUCCCUCCGCAUCGCCGCCACAUGUUGAGGCGCUUGGCCCGCCCCAGCAGUCCUCUUGGAUCCUCUUGGUCUUGGAUCCGCCUUUCAACCCGCGAUGACACGCCGCAGCCGCACGCUCGUCAUCGCUCCAUCUCCGCACGAAGGCCGAGCGCGGCCGAGCGCGUACUUGAGCUCCGCGACGGGCGGAGUCUGAAAUCAGCAUUCAAAUUGCGAGCGGCGAGCGGCAGUGGCGAGCGCCUGGCCAUUAUCAUGCGCCUCGAGGUCGCCGGGCCCACUUGCGUCCAAAAUCUGGCUGUCACCCGGGAGUCUCUUACAGGGGCUGCUGGAUCUUGACUUCUCCGGACAAGUGCUGAUUGUGUCAGGCUGUGGGUCUGCGGGUCUGGGGACGAUCUACGGCUCACGCUUGCACACAAUGCAAGCUCAUCCGCUGUGAUCGUCGACCCGCUGCUACUAUAGCACAAUCCCACCAACUGAGGCUGACUGGAAAUCUGCG